UCUGUCAACGGCUGCCAACCAAAAAAAUCCAAUUCCAAAAGUACCUAGUUUUUGGGAGUUUAAAAUAAUUAAUAAGUAUUACAUACUUAAUUAACAAAAUGUACAAAAAGCUUUCAUAAUUAUUAUGAGCAAAUGUAAAAAUGAGAAUUAAUUUUGAAUACAUCAAAAAAUAUAUAUUUUACAAGUCACAGGAAGAAAUUGGUGCUUUGAAGACCUAAAAUGUUAAUAACACUUGAAAGAGUCCAAAAUAAACAAAUUAAGCGAUUUUUGGGUCAUAUUACAUAUCUAACUAUAGUUUUAUUAUUAGUGCCAACAUUUCUAUACUUUGAGCUUUGUAUUGUCCUGCCUGCAGUUGUUGAAAUAUGGUCAAUUCAAUAUAUUAUACACUACAUAUGUGCUUCAUUCCUCCUACUAAAUAUUAUUGGCAACAUGAUAUAUGGCAUGUUCACUAAUACUACUAUAAAAGGUAAAUUUUUAGAAAUAGCCCAAAAAAAGGACUGGACUAUGUGCUCUGUGUGUGAGAGUUUGAGGCCGCCCCGUGCUUGGCACUGCACCAUCUGUGAUAUAUGUAUUUUAAAAAGAGACCAUCAUUGUACAUUUUUUGCAUGUUGUGUAGGAUACUACAACCACAGAUAUUUUAUGUACUUUACAUUGUAUAUAUUCAUAGCUAUGAUGUAUUCAUUCUAUUUCAAUGUAAUAUUUCUAUCGCAGUUUGUUACUUGGAACCAUGGCUUACUUUUAAUUAGGUUCAUAUUUCCUCUUGCAAGCUUUGUUAUAGAAUUUAGUAUUGAGAGCUUGUAUAUGUUUUUGGUUGUGAUCAAUUUUGUUGUGGGAAUAUUUACUGGCUUUCUGUUUCUAUAUCAUUUUAAUAAUAUUUUAAAAGGUCGACUAACUCCUGAAACAAAAUUGGACAACAUAGGUAUCUCUUACAACCAGGGCUGGCAGCUAAAUUUGAUAGAGGUCUUUGGACAAAGAUGGUAUUUAACUUGGAUUUCGCCAUUUAUUUCUAGUCCUUUACCAGGUGAUGGUAUUGAGUGGGUGCUUGAAGAUAAGCACAAGCAAUUUUGAAGCUAUUUUUAUUUACCAUAUUGAGUGGAGGUUGAAGGUAAACAUAAUUGUUUUUAUAAAGAAUUUUUACUUAAAGAGCAACUAUUAUUUUGUUAGGUGUCAUCUACACUAGAGAGCAGCUUAGCGAUGCUUUCCCAUGAUAUUGCACUAACGGAGUGCAUCCACAUGUUAUUAUAAUUUCUGUUAAUGGCAAGUCACAGAGUAGAGAUAUCUAUUUAACUUUUCAUUAUCAAGCUUUAAAUUAGUUAACGUAAGUACGGUCGAACUCGGGAGUAACUAUGCCGCAAAACUAUUGCAUCAAAAACCAGUCACACUUAUGAACUUUUUCUAUGAACGCGCCACACACACCGUACCACGCGAAUACGAUCAUUAAGAUGCUAAACGACUUACGGCCUUUGACUGUACAUAUAAAUCGUUAAAACUCUCUAGUGUAAGUGGCACCUUGGAGUCUAAUUAUUAUUAUUUACAAUAUUUAAUUAAGUUGUAAAUACCUAUACAAUCUUAGACCAAAUGCUCUGAGACUGCAAUGCUUUAUAAACUUAAUGACAAAGCGAGUGAUAUUUUGCAUAGAUCCCAAUAAUAUUUUAUUCUUAUACAUACUCGUAUUAUGUAAAAAAGUAGUAGAUAAUAUGUUACAUUUGUAUCUAAAGAAGGUGGAUGCGACGGGUCUGCCCGCGAAAUUCAAAUUUAAUUUGAACUUAUUGAUUUGUGUAUGUACUUGUAUCGACUAAUUUGUGAGUUACAGUCGAUACUAAGAGCUAAUAAACCUGUGAAGAUGAUACUGCCAUUGGCGCAAUUAAAAUGCCAUAAGUCUAUGUUGUCGUACAAAUUGCGAAAAACCGAAUUAAAUUUGAAUUUCGCGGGUACACCCAUCACAUACCUCUUCACAUUCGUCUCUCUUCUACUCUUGUGCGUUUUGUAUCUUGUUACUUGACUUAUUCAUCAGCGAAAACGAAUUUUGUACGCCAUGUAACAUGCUAGGUAGCUUUAUAAUAUAAUAUAUAAUAUUAUAUUCUAUGGUAUUUAAUAUCAUUGAUAGAAUCUAAUGUACCUACUUAAUUAAAGUUUAGUUAAACAAAAAUAAUGAUGUUCUUAUAAAGAUGUUCAUGGUACAUGUAAGUAUUAAAAAUUAAAAUAUAUUAUUUUGCAAUUUGACAUUUAUUUAAUGAAAUAAAAAAAUA